CUAAUGAAUGUAUGCCUUAAUGUGCUUAAUGUAAGGACUCUGUAUCUUGUAGUUCUUGUUUUAAAGGCUUGUAUUUAGAUUUAGGAGUUUGUUCUAACUGUAUUUCACAAUGCGAAUAAUGUAGUAAUGGAGCUUCUUGUGAUUUAUGCAAUAGUGGAUAUUUUUAUAAUAAUUCUUAAUGUGUUUGAUAAUGUACAGCUUGCUUAGCUAAAUGUGUAACUUGUUCUAAUGACAAUACUUGUGACACUUGUUUUGAAAAUAGAGUACCUUAAUAAUGUGAUUGUCCUUAAUAUUCCUAUGAUCCUAAUGCUUUCAAUUAAGCCUGUACUAUGUGUUCUACUUUUUCAACUGGAUGUGCUACAUGCAGUACAACUGAAUGUCUUACAUGUAUAACUCCUUAUUAUUUUUAAUUAAACUCAAAUGGACAAUGUAAUUCAUGCUAAACUAUAAUGA